CUCUGGAGAUCGAUCUUCGCGCCAAAGAUAAAACAGCAGCACAUCGCCCACCAUCCGAAUAACCAUUCAGUUCCAAUUCGGAUCAGAGUUUACCUGUUUGACAUCAUGGCCGCAAAUCAAGUCAAAACAAUCGUCGCUACAGGCGUCAGCUCGGGUCUGGGGUUCGAGGCAAUCAAGCAACUCUUGUCCUCGACGGCGCAACCAUACCGCGUCAUCCUCGGAGCGCGCAACCCCUCAGCGGCUAAGCAGGCCUUUGACGCGCUCAAGUACGACACGGCGACGCACCGUUUGGAGGUUCUCCCGCUGCAGCUGAACGACCUCGGCACUGUGCGCAGCUUCGCCAAAGACACGCUGGACGGGCUCGGUGCAGACCCCAUCAACUAUCUCUUCCUCAACGCCGCCGUCGCGUACGCUGCCGAGCGCAAGGCGCCCACGGGCAGCGGCAAGUGGUGCGAGAGCUAUGUCGUCAAUCACUUGAGCCAGCACUAUCUGUUGCACCUGCUGCGGGAGAAGCUGGUCGAGUCGAAGACGAGGGUAGUUGUCGUAUCGUCGGGAGCGUUUGAGCAGGUAUCCGACCCGAGCAUGCUCGAAUCUAUCCUCAAGGCCGGAUCCGACGCCGAGGCCAUGAAGACGUACCCAGCCACCAAGUUCUCUCAGCUGCUCAACGCGCACUGGUGGAGGCGCCAGCUCCAUCCGCAGGGCUGCACCCUGGUUGCCGUGUCGCCGGGCUUCAUCCCAUCGACGGGUCUGUCGCGCGGGACGGACUUUGAAGAAAAGUUCAAGAACAUCCCCGGCGGCAAGUCUGUCCAGGAGGGCGCGGCCAGUCUUUUGGCCGCGUUCACGAGGAACGAUCUCCCCGAAGACCAAGACUUGAUCUUCCUUACCAGCUGGGGUGAGUGGUGGGGCCGCGACAAGUUGGAGAAGACGUUGGAUAAGGGUCUGCAGGAUAAGUGGAGUCCCGGGCGGGAGGAGAUUGAGGCGGAGGAGGGGCUUUUAUGAGUGCCCGCUACAAUUGAAGUGCUUGAGCCGUAGAAAAUAAUUGACACCCAAUUUUCAGCUAGAACUAGAUGCAUUGGAGCAACAGCAUUGCUGCAUUGCUGGUCGGCGGCUGCAGUGGCUUGGUUGGAUAAAACCUUUGUUAGCGCAAGUAACUUGCGAUGCGGCGGUGAACAGGAAAGGCAGGGCGUUACGCACAGUAGCAUCUGUCCAACGCAAGGGCGUGGCGGAUUUAGGUGGCUCAAUCAACCACCCGAAUUGACGAAUCCGCUAGCGUAGCGCACAUGGAACCCCCAGGAAAAAUUCACCUCCCGCAGCGGACCCUUUGGCGGCCAAGCCUAACCCAGCCCAAGGUCAAAAAAGACAGGAUGAAUAUGACGCCUUCCCCAGCUCUGCACCA